AUGUCCGCUGAAGGUCAAGAAGAAUUAUUAGACUACUCCGAUUCCGAAGAAAUCGCCGUUCCAUCCACAACCGCCCCAUCUGCUGGUGCAGAUGGUGAAGCCACCAACGACAAAGAAGCCGACAAAAAGGGUUCUUAUGUUGGUAUCCACGCCACUGGUUUCAGAGACUUUUUAUUAAAGCCUGAAUUAUUAAGAGCUAUCGGAGAUUGUGGUUUUGAACAUCCAUCUGAAGUCCAACAAGUUUGUAUCCCUCAAUCCAUUUUAGGUACCGAUGUCUUGUGUCAAGCCAAGUCAGGUUUGGGUAAGACUGCCGUCUUCGUCUUGUCCACUUUGCAACAAUUAGACCCAGUUCCAGGUGAAAUCUCCACUUUGGUUAUCUGUCACACCAGAGAAUUGGCCUACCAAAUCAGAAAUGAAUAUUCCAGAUUUUCUAAGUAUAUGCCAGAUGUUAAGACCGAAGUCUUCUACGGUGGUAUUCCAAUUGCAAGAGAUUUGGAAAAGUUAAAGAACAAGGAUACUUGUCCACACAUUGUAGUUGCCACUCCAGGUAGAUUACACGCUUUAGUUAAAGAAAAGGCUAUCAGAUUAAACAACUUGAAGUCCUUUGUCAUUGAUGAAUGUGACAAGGUCUUAGAAGCUGUUGACAUGAGAAGAGAUGUUCAAGAUGUCUUCAGAGCUACUCCAUUACAAAAGCAAGUUAUGAUGUUUUCAGCUACCUUAUCUCAAGAAAUUAGGCCUGUUUGUAAGAAGUUUAUGCAAAACCCAUUAGAAAUUUACGUUGACGAUGAAGCCAAAUUAACUUUACACGGUUUACAACAAUACUACAUCAAAUUGGACGAAAAGGAAAAGAACAGAAAGUUAUCCGAUUUGUUAGAUUCUUUGGAAUUCAACCAAGUUAUUAUUUUCGUAAAAUCUACCCAAAGAGCCAAUGAAUUGAAUAAGUUGUUAUGCUCUUGCAAUUUCCCAUCCAUUGCUGUCCACUCUGGAUUGAACCAAGAGGAAAGAAUUGAAAGAUAUAAGUCUUUCAAGGAAUUCAACAAGAGAAUUUGUGUUUCUACCGAUGUCUUUGGUAGAGGUAUUGAUAUCGAAAGAAUUAACUUGGCCAUUAACUACGAUUUGCCAAAUGAAGCUGAUCAAUACUUACACAGAGUCGGUAGAGCUGGUAGAUUUGGUACCAAGGGUUUAGCCAUUUCUUUAGUUUCCACCAAGGAAGACGAAGAAGUGUUAGAAAAGAUUCAAUCUAGAUUCGACGUUAAGAUUGCAGACUUCCCAGAAGAAGGUAUUGAUCCAUCUACCUACAUGAACACUUAA